AAUAAUUAUGCAAUAAAAGAUAAGAUCCCACAGACAGAUAGCUAGAUAGAUAGAAUAAAAUACAAAAAUAAUACAAAACAAAAAACAUGAAAGCUUGCCCCAACCUGAUAUAUUAUCAUAAUAUCUGAAUGUAAUGACAGUGUGGUUUUAUUUUCACUUUUUUUAUCUGACAGAAAUAACAAAAUAUCACCAUUGUACAUUUUUUUUUGGAUGACAGAAUUAACAAAAACUUUUAAAAAAGUUUUAACUAACUGUUUGAAACCAAGAUACAAAACCACAAGCAUUUGAAAAACAGUUACUGUAAUAUCUCUCUUUGAGCCAACUCCCCAUGUGACAGCUUGCCCAGGUCUCCUCUACAUCUCCAAACGGAAGCAUCAAGUUGUUUUCAUGAGCAUUUAUCGAAGUAAUCUCCAGGUUCAGGAGAGUUCAACAGACGACAUGGACACAUCAAAGUGUCCCACGUCUACCACACUCUAGUGACCAGGAAGACAAGCAUAGUUUGCAGCUAUUUUUAAGCCUGGCAACCACACAAUGUUCAGCUGCAACCUGAUGCUCUGUGCCAAGUCACGUUGUGAGUGAGGGUUUCAGGUGGUUAGUGCUGUUCUGCCUGACUUUACCCAUUCAGCAUUACCCAGGCAUGUCUGCGGAAGAGCUUGUACCCUCCAUGGUCUCCUGCAACAUGGAGUCUCCCAUCUGCAGGGACUGGAUAAUGAAAAACAAAGAGGUAAACAUAAAAUCAGAGGAGACGGUAGACCGGAUAUCAGAAGGAAGCUCCGCAGAUGAAUCAGAGGAGGUAGAACCCGAGCCCCCACCUGUAGCCGUGCGAAGAAAGGUGUCGUUUGCGGAUGCCUUUGGUCUAGACCUGGUUUCUGUGAAGGAGUACGACAGCCGGGAUUCAUCCAGGUCGGAGGUGGACGGUAGAGAGGGUGAGGAAUAUUACAUCUCGUGCCUCUUCACCAUCCCAGCUUUAAACCAGGACAUGGAGGUGAGACUUCAGCAGCAGAAGCUGGAGCUGGAGCGCAUCGAGCUGCUCCCUGGAUCCACCACGAUCCGGGGCAUCGUCCGCGUUCUUAACCUCUGCUUCCACAAGGCUGUCUACAUCCGCGCCUCGUUGGAUGGCUGGCAGAGCCAUUUUGACCUGCAGGCGGAGUACGUGCCUGGGUCCAGCGAUGGCGAGACAGACUGCUUCUCUUUCCUUCUUGUGUUGACGCCUCCAUUCCAGGUCGAAGGGGUACGGGUGGAGUUCUGUCUGCGUUACGAGAGCACUGCUGGAACCUUCUGGGCCAACAAUGGAGGGACGAACUACAUUGUCUUCUGCCACCAAAGACGAAGGAACAAUCAGAGAGAGAAAGAGAAAGACAAUGAGAAAGAGAAUGAGAGUGAAAAUGAGAAGUUACUUGAUGAGAGUAGCCACAAAAGGAUCAGGAGCUGCCUUAAAACAAUCAGUAAAACGAUCUACACAGAGGCGACACCAGCAGAGGCGAGCAGAGAGACCUCAGAGCAAGUCACACCCAAAACAGAGGAAGAAGCAAAUAUCACUUCCUGCAAAUCCCUUAAGGACUGCUGCAAAUCUCUGGUGGAUCGUCGUAGGAAACGUCAAGCUGCCCGUUUGGCACAUGUGCAAGACUACUUCGCUCAGAAAGCAAUGGAAACCCAGAUUAGAUGUAAUACUAACACAGGUGAAAGUACCACAUCCAUCCCAAGGCUGAGUAUACCAAGUAGAACUGAUUUGCCGGUUGUCCACAGGCGACAAGGAUGCGGUAUGGACACACCACCUAUACUAACGUACAACCAGAUCCCUUUACUUUCUCUGGACUGGGGCAGUAAAACAACAACCCCUCCCCAUGCAAACCCUCCUGAUGCCUUCAAUGAAACAAGCUGGCAAGUUGAAGAUCACCUAGCCAAAUCGAUUCAUGACGUCUGGGAAGCUUUUCUUAACAGCACUGACACAACAAGCACUCACAAUGAUAUGCAGGAACAAAUGUGUGGUCCUUCAGAGUCACUUGGCCAAUCUGAAGUUUUAGCUUCAAGGGAUAAAGUUGUAGUUCCAUUGGAGGCCAAUAAAGAUGAGAAAGACAACAAUCGUGGGUCUGGUGACAGCUCAGUAAUAGAAAUAGUAAAAUGUGAUCCUACAGAGCAAUCAAAGAGUCCUUCUAGAGAUCAGGUUGUGGAUUGCCAGCUAGUGAAAGAGCCAAGAGUCACUACCGUACCAUGUUCUAUGCUGGGAUCAGAGCCAGAGAGAGUGAGCAGAGAUUUAGAGGCAUCUCAUGACCGCCAAGCCCCACAUCACGAGCACACAAGUAGAUCUUUGAGUCAAGACACGACCAAGCCAAGCCCGGGGGACAAAACUCGAACUGCACAUGACACCGAGACUCAGAAUUCAGAAGCCAGAGAUGGAAUCUCACCUGAAGAAUGCACAGGCAGCUUCGACACCUCAAAGGUUAAAGAAAACACACACAGAGCGGUCAAAGACACCCUGACAUUUACGGGUAUCAGGGACAUGUCGCUCACAAAUAGACAGGCCAAGGGAUCUUUUUCAGAAAGGAAGGAUAUAAAUAAAGACGAUAGCGAGGAGCAGGUGGAAAUGAGGGAGUUUUAUAGAGAAGUACAUGAAGAGGACACGGAAAACAGUAGAAAAGGACAAGAUGAAACAACUACGGAUCACAGCGCAGAAAUACAGAGCGUUUCAUCGUGCAAGAGCGAGGCGUUUAAUGAGAGCGAAUUAUGCACGUCGAACAAGAAUCUUAACAAAGACAAUUCAGAGCUACUGAAAAACGAAGAGAGGCUGUUUGAGGCAAACGAAGGACUUAAAAUGAAGGAGCAACUGAACGAGACAACUAUAGAAGCUGCUAGCACUGAAGAAAACGAAAUGUCUUCAGAAACCAAACGAGAGCUUGUAGAGGACUCCCGAGCGGUGGGUGACAGUUGCACAGAUGGAGAAGAGAAAGAGUUUGAGUUACUCAAGGCAUUUAGCACUGACCUAUCCAAUCACCUUCUUCAGACAACAUCUGCAAAGCAAAGUGAGGUCACUUCUCCAGAAGAAGACUUUGAGCUUGGGAAGACUCUCAGAAACUUUCAACAACCUCAGCGACUGAAUAGAGAGGAUGAACCCCCCACGCCAUUACCCAGCAUUCACCUGUCCUGGGUGGGAGGAGGCGACAGCAGCAGACCGUUUUCAUGGUGGAAGGAGUUUUGCUCGAUGGUUCACAUGGCCAAGGCUCUUGUGUGUGCUGUUCUGUUUGUGAUCUUCAUAAUGGCGUAUCUGUAUGACCUGCCGACCUGCUUGGGCCUCUAUCUGUUUUCUCUGUGCUGGUGGUGCAGCCAUGGCAUGACACAGCGUCUGGAUGGGGCUGUUGAUGUGGACUGAGACCAGGCAGGACGUUCUUGAAUGUUUCGGAGGACGUUCUUGUCAAGUGAUGUGCGUUUCUUUUUAACGAAAAGUGACAUGAAGUGAUUCUACGGGCCCAACAUCACUUGACAAAACUAGAUUUAGGAGGCAUUUUUUUCUUGUCACUUGUGUUUACAUUAAAAGUUCAACUUAAAGCAGGAGUCUUUCAAUAUAAUACUAAACUCAAACUGCCAGAAUAGUGGAUGAACUGCUUAUCCAAUUAUGUGAUGUAAUAAAAUGAGAGAAAACACUA